AUGGCAGCUGCUGAGCUGGGAGCCGAGCUGAAAUGCUCCAUAUGCUUGAAUAUCUACACGGACCCGGUCACUCUGAGCUGCGGGCACAACUUUUGCCAGAUUUGCAUCCAAGACCUGCUGCGUAACCAGGACCAUGAUGGAGUUUACACUUGCCCAGAAUGCAGGACUCAGUUUUCGACCCGCCCAACAGUCCAGAGGAACACGACCCUCUGCAAUGUGGUAGAGCAAUGCCACACAUGGCUACGGAGAGAAGAGGCGACGGGAACGUGCCCCCUCCACCGGCUGCUCCUCAAAUAUUACUGCUUUGAAGACACGGUCCGGAUCUGUGCCGACUGUUGUGCAAGCGUCCAGCACAGGGGGCACCAAACGAUGCCCAUGAACGAGGCCGCUGAGAAGAUCAGGCAGGAUUUGAGAAACCUUCUUGAACAGUUGGUCUCGGGAGAUGAGCUAGACGGUGAGGUCCAAAGUUUCCAAGAACAUACGCAGAAAGUAAGAGACAAGUCUGCUACUGUGAAGGAAAGCGUCACCGUUUUAAUCCAGGAUAUCAUUAGCCGAUUGCUCGAUCUUAAGAAGGGAGUCUUGGCCGAGAUCUCCAAACAGGAACAACAAGCCCUGCUCUUGACCUCCAACCAGAUUCAGAAUCUGAAAGUCAUGAAAGACGACCACUAUUGUAAAAUAAUCUGCAUCGAGGACCUGUCUAAUAUGGCCGAUGACCUAACAGUCCUACGGAUCGACGUCCCAGAUCUUUCCUGCCCAAAUGUAGAGGACUUCCACAGUCCAGACAUGGAUGAUGAUCUCAUCUCAAAGACUUUAAACACGGGUCUAGUGGAUAUUGUAACCGGCGUAACCAGAGGGAUCUUUGUGCCAGAAGCUUUGAACGCGACGCUCAACGCCAAGACGGCUGGUAGCAACGUUGACAUAUCUGCCGAUUUAAAAACCGCGUCGUGGUCCCCAAACAACCGAGGUCGCCCACAGAACGGGGAGAGGUUCGAGUACAACCAAGUUCUAAGCAGCGAGAGUUACUUCUCUGGCCGACAGUACUUUGAAAUAGAGACCAGCGAGACCGGCAACUGGAUGAUAGGGAUGGCCUACAGCAGCAUAGACCGGAGAGGGCACCAGUCUCUGCUGGGUGACAACGACAGGUCUUGGUGUUUGAGGAGACACGAUGAUGAGUAUUCCGUCACACACCAGAAGGAAGUCUUACAGCUGACUUUCCAGCCCUCCUUGAACAGAUUCAGGAUCUUAUUGGACUACGAGGCCGGCCAGCUGUCGAUUUACGAGCUGAGUGACCAGACACGACAUCUGCACACCUUUACUGCCACUUUCACCGAGCCGCUACAUGUUGCACUAUGGGUAUGGAGUGCCUGGGUCAGAAUCAGGAGUUAA